AACAUCAAAACUAAUAAGUUCAAUGCUAAGGGAAAACACAGGCCUAAAGUAAGGAUUCCCUUAAGUUACAGGUUUUAAUUAAAUAUUACUAAACUACAUAAUAGUUAUGGUAAAUAAAGGAAAACUGUAUAUUUUAUGAUCUUAGGUAGAACACAUACCUAACAUAAGAGUUCCCAUCAACAACACAUAACUAUUAAAUCACAUGACUUCAUAAUAAUUCUGUUAAAUGAGCGACAGGUAGUUUCUUAGAAAUAAAUAAUAUUAUAAUUUGGGAGACUAUCCCUCACAUUGUAUUCUUCAACAAAAGUGUUUAAUUUUAUACCUACUUUUUAACUGAUGCAAAUAUUCAGCGAUAACGCGUAUAUAAUGCGGCGAUAUUAUUGUCAUGGAGUUAUUCCAGACAAGAGUUCAGACUGGCCAUACGUAUAUUCACAUUAAGCAUUAAAAUGGAAAACGUCGAUGUAACAGAUAGUGUUGUGUAUGACAGUGAUUUUGAAGAUACUGACAAUUCAGAUAUUUACUUUGAUGAAUCAAGUGUAUGGAGCAGUGAAUUGAGUACUCUUACAAAACGUUCUUAUCUAAGUCAAUGCAUACAUCAGAUAUACAUUGUUACUGGGAAAAUUGAUUUAAUGCCAAGUAUGAGAAGCUUUGGUGAACAAAAUCCUCAGGAAAUUAUGAAAAUACUUGAUGAGUAUGUUAGUCCACCAGCUUACGAGAGCAAACAUGACUCAAUACAACGCAUAAAAAGGCGAUUAUUCUACGCAAUAAAAACAAACCCGCGUAAGCAAGCAAAGCCACAAUGGAAUAAUGCUCUAUAUAGCGAAAUAUAUCACUUUAAGCCAACUCGUCACAUAUUCGGGGAACGGAAAAUUCGCAAAAAUUAUUUGGAUGAUGUACGUACUUUCAUUGCAGAAGAAAUACGUCUGGCCAAUUUAGAACACAACAAAACCUAUGAUUAUGAAACAGAUUCAACUGAGGAGUCAGAUAUUAAUAUUGAGACGUGUGAUGAAUCAAAUCAAAUAUAUCAUCAAAAAAAUUAUGAACUGUGUCAUUAUCAUAAAACAAAGGCACGUCAUCAACCGCAUCAAGAUCAGUCUUCUAUGUGGAAUACAUGGAACAAAAAAAUUAAACUGGAGGAAACAUUAUUGGAGGAACAGUACGAUUCACGCAGCAAGGCAAAUCAAAAAAUGAUUGAAGAAUCGAUACGUUCCAUCUACUAUAUGAAAACUUUACUCCGUUUAACAGUUGGAGUUAGUGAUGAUGAGGAUGAUGAUGAUAAUGAAGAGGAAUAUGAGGAUGAAGAAUUGUUUUAA